AUGUCGAAAGGCCGAAAAAAUCGUAAACGUAAAGUAACGUCAUCGAAUUCGAUCACAAACGACUCGAAACCGAAUGAAAAAAAGCAACGCAGUUCGAAUAAGACUGGAAAUGAUGAUGAUAAUAGUGAUAAAAUAAUGCGAGAACAUGAAGAGCAACACGACGAUCUCACCGAAUUAGAUUGCAUCCCGACUCGAUGUGUUUUGAAAGAGCAAAUCGAAACGGGUAUGCGGGCACGUUGUUUCGUCCUUGUUGAAGUGAGUUUUGCUUGUUUCUUACGAGUUUUCCGAUUGUCGAUCAGCGGUCGAAAGGAUCGUUCGUGGACAUUUUAUCGAAAUCAGAAAAUUUUUUUGUGA